GCCCUUUGUGUGUUGGGAGAAGGUAACCUGCACCCUUACAGGCACAGUCCUCAGGCAGUCGGGGUAGAUGUGAUUGCACUGGGGGGAACUUAAGGAGCCAAGGUGGAGGAAGCACAGACCAGCCUGACUGGCUCUGCCCUCUCCUGGGCAGCAUGUGCCUCCCAAGACACUGGGCAACCAACCAGCCCCAGGCACUGCAAGGGCAGGAAGGGGGGCAGUGAGCUGUACCCACAGCCCAAACAGCCUCCACAGAAAGCUGUUUACUGGGCGUCACCUUGUGUUGGCAAGCACUGUUGGAACAGCCCUACCAACACGGGGACUUGCGCUUGUUUACCCACCUAAAGCUCUAUGUGUGUAAUGCCUGAGGAGCUCUCUCUCAGCCUCCCCAGUGCCCAGCUCCGAAAGUGAAAACAUUCAGCCCACACCAAAAGUGCUGGGACAGAAAGCUGUUGCUUAGUGUCACCUACACAUGGUGAACACUGGAACAGCCCCACCAACAUGGGAUCUGCACUUGUUUAGCCACCUAAUGCUCCUUCUGCAUAAUGCCAGUCUGGGGACCUCUCUCAGGCUCUCCAGAGUCCAGCUCCAAAAGUGACUAUAUCCAGCCAGCCACUGUUCCCACACCAAAGGUGUCAGAACAGAAAGCUGGUGCUGCGCAUCAGCUACACGUGGUGAGCACCAGAGCAGCCCCACCAUGGGUUUCUGCGCGUGGGAUCCUGGGGACACGCAGCACCCCCAGGAAGUGGCAAGGCUGCAGGGAAAAGGGAUAAAGUGAGGAGUAAGCUCCCUGUGGAGGGCUUGAUCCCACUGCCAUGGUUCGGCUGUGGGGAUGCCCAGCACCGGCUGAGGGCCGUAACAGCAGCAGUAACGGCCGCGUCUGGCGCGCAGGGAAGAAGGAGCCCCUGGAGCAGCUUUACCGCGUGGGACCGCUGCUGGGGAGCGGCGGCUUCGGCUCCGUGUACUCGGGGGUCCGCCUGUCCGACAGCGCCCCGGUGGCGAUCAAACACGUGGCUCGGGACCGCAUCUCCUCGUGGGGAGAGCUGCCCAAUGGCACUCGAGUACCAAUGGAGAUAGCAAUGCUGAAGAAGGUGGGCUCUGGCUGCAGCGCCAUCAUCCACCUCCUGGACUGGUUUGAGCUGCCCGACAGCUUCGUGCUGGUGCUGGAGCGUCCGGAGCCGUCGCAGGAUCUGUUUGACUUCAUCAUGGAGCGGAGGUUCCUGCCCGAGGACCUGGCGCGGGGGCUGUUCCUCCAGGUGCUGGAGGCUGUGCGGCACUGCCACAGCUGUGGCGUCGUGCACCGCGACAUCAAGGACGAGAACAUCAUCAUCAACCUGGCCACCGGAGAGCUCAAGCUCAUUGACUUUGGCUCCAGCACCUUCCUCAAGGACACGGCCUACACCGAAUUUGAUGGAACACGUGUGUACAGUCCACCAGAGUGGGUCCGCUACCACCGCUACCACGGCCGUCCAGCAGCCAUCUGGUCCCUGGGCGUGCUGCUCUAUGACAUGGUCUGUGGGGACGUCCCCUUCGAGCGCAACGAGGACAUCAUCGGUGGGGAGCUCUUCUUCCGGCGCCGGGUCUCUGUCGAGUGCCAGCACCUCAUCCGGUGGUGUUUAUCCCUGCACGCUUCCGACAGACCAUCCCUGGAAGACAUUUUCAACCACACGUGGCUGCAAGCCCUUCACCUGCCCCAGGAGCCAGCCGACAUCCACCUGCACAGCCUCAUCCAGGAGCCUGGCAAGUGAGAGCUCCGGGCGGCUCCUGCCAGAAGCAGCAAAGAAUCCCAGACUUGUCCUUGUGAGCACAGAACUGAGCAAGGAUCAUCAGAUGGGACCUCGCACAGCUUGUCCUGGACCUCGUCUUCCAAGCACCAGCGGCCACCAUCCAGCCUGGCUGCCCUGGACUUUGUGUUGUUCUGUUUAGUUUGUUUUGUUCUGGUUUGUUUUCUGGGGGAGAUCGGGGUUUGGCUUUGUCCAUUUUGGGUUUCAGGGGGGCUGGGGUAGGGUUUUGGGGUUGGCUGGUUUUUUAGGGAGGUUUUGGGCGAUUUGGGGUUUUUGGGGGGUGGGUUUUUUAGGGAGCUGGGUUUGGGGUUUUGGGUUUUUUGGGGAUUUGGGUGUAGUUUCUGUGUUUUCCUUUUUUGUUGUUGUUGUUGUUGUUUUGUUUUCUUUGUUUUGUUUCUUCAUUUUGUUUCUGGGUUUGGAGGCUCCCAAGUGUCUCCUGACCUGCUGAAUUCAGGAACACAAGAGGAACAGGGACCUUCUUGUGAGAAAAGCUUCAACAGGGAAGAACUGAUCAUGGGGGGCAGGUCCAGGGUGGUGCCUCUUCUCCGCUGUCCCCCUGCACGAGUGCCUUCAGUUGCCAUCUGGGCUGUGCUGGAGGAAAUACUUGAAUUUUCCUACUCUGGUGCUUUUCCAAGACUCGCCUGGAUAUACAGCUCCUUCCCAAGAAGGUCAGAGGACACGUGGGAGCCCAGCCGGGCGAUGCCUCCUGUGCCUCCGUCUCACGUGGAUUUGUCUGGGGUUCUUUGCUUCUCUGUGCCCUCACGAAUGCACAAACAAUGCAAACCAACAGAGCUGUAAAUAUGGACAAAGUUAGAGAGGAGCAAAGUUGUUGUACAGUUGUUAAUAGUGAUAAGAUUUGACCUUUUUUCUUGUUGCUCCAGUUUUGGUUUUUAACUUAUUUUCAUGAAUUUGUUGUUUCGGGGUUUUUUUUUUAAGAGUUCUAGCCGGUGGGCAAAGUUAUUUAUUUAUUUAUUUAUAAUUCCCAUGGGUUUCCAACCUGCGCCUUGCUCCUACAGCUGCUGAUCCCCUGGUUUUCCAUUUGGGUCAUCCCUCCGUGUGUGUCCCAUGUCUGUCCCCGGGUCCAUAGUGUUC